UCAUGAUGCCCCGCAAUUUUGGCACCAAUUGCGUCAAACUUUGGGCUUCCCCAUCUCUAUCGAUCUCAAUUCGUCUUCCUACAUAGAUUUUGCUCACAAGGCUCAAGUCUGUUUCUCAUCCAUGAUCGGUAGACUCUUCCUUAACACUUCUGGCAUGGAUCAUGCUGACCGAAUAUCCUUGGCCCGAUUGGCCACAUUUGCCCCUAUCUCCUUUGGACUACCUUUUAUUUCCAUCAUCACUCAACGCCUCUCCUGUCAAGAGUUUAUUUCUGCAAGCCAACGCGAGAUUGGCAUCAUGCUCACCCCUGCUGGCCAACUUUAUAAUCAGGAGCUUAUCGAAAGGUUAGAUGGUCAUUUUCAUCGCUUAUUUAUAUUUAUCGUACCUCACUCGUUCAUUCUUUAUUAUUAUUCUCUGUUAAUGGUUCAAAGUAGGUGA